AUGGCUGCCUCUAUUGCCGGAUCGGCCAUCGUCGCUCUUAAAUCCGCCGGAAUUUCCUCACCUUCCGCCGACCACAAAUUCUCUCAUUUCCGGCAAUUUUCUCCGAUUUCCCAAUCGAUUCAUCUCCAACACAAGCUCAACUUGCAAUGCCGAUCGAGGAGCUCCUUCGCUUCCGGUGUUUAUGUUCUGUUUGAAAUUUUGAAGCAAUACAAGGAAGAAUUUGGGAAUGGUGGGAUUGUGGAUGAUUUGAGAUUUGAGUUGGUUAAGAAAGUGCCAAUCUCAUUGUUUAUAGUGGCAGAUGCAGGUGUAAAAGCUCAGGUUGCCACUAUUGAACAUGCAAGUGUUGAAGCUGCUCAAAAUGUGGAAGCCCCUGUUGUUGUUGUGACUGGAGCCUCUCGAGGGAUAGGCAGAGCAAUUGCACUGGCUUUGGGGAAAGCUGGAUGUAAGGUUCUAGUCAACUAUGCUAGGUCAUCAAAGGAGGCAGUAGAAGUUUGUAAAGAGAUUGAGGCAUGCGGUGGUCAAGCUCUGACUUUUGGAGGAGAUGUCUCCAAAGAAGCAGAUGUGGAAGCGAUGAUUAAAACCGCAGUCGAUGCAUGGGGAACUGUUGACAUCCUAAUAAACAAUGCAGGUAUUACUAGGGAUGGGUUGUUGAUGCGAAUGAAGACACCUCAAUGGCAGGAGGUUAUUGAUCUGAAUCUCACGGGUGUAUACCUGUGUAUACAGGCAGCAGCAAAAAUAAUGAUGAAGAAGAGAAAGGGAAGGAUAAUCAAUAUAGCAUCAGUUGUUGGCCUUGUUGGCAAUGUUGGGCAAGCCAAUUACAGUGCUGCAAAAGCAGGUGUAAUUGGCCUGACAAAAACUGUGGCCAAGGAAUAUUCAAGCAGGAGUAUUAAUGUCAAUGCUGUAGCCCCAGGGUUCAUUGCAUCUGAUAUGACUGCUAAGCUUGGAGAAGACAUUGAGAAAAAGAUUUUGGAGACCAUCCCCUUGGGAAGGUAUGGUCAACCAGAAGAAGUUGCUGGACUCGUCAAAUUUUUGGCCCUUAACCCUGCAGCCAGUUACAUCACUGGACAGGUUUUGACCAUUGAUGGAGGAAUGGUGAUGUAA